AUGGCUUUGUGGUAUCAAAUAUCUUGUGCUUAUCUUUAUAGAGCGCUUUUAAAAAUUUCAAUUACGGUAUUUGACAUAUUUGAUAGUACGAAAAAAUUUGUUACGAGUGUAACGCACACUGAAUCGUAUUUUCUAAUGUCUUAGCAAAACUGUGAUCUCAUUGUGAUCUGUUAACGAUUUAUGACAGUCUAUUAUUCGUCGUCCAGCCUGGCGUCGAUCACCUUGACAUCGCGCGUUCGAACCCGAAAGAUCGAGACACGAUCGCGCCUCCCUCCGUGGGAUCCUAGGCGCGGUGCGAGCAGAGAGGAGCCGACGAGCGGUUCCUCGUGCCAACGGGUUCCGUAGGCGAGUUAAAAGAGGAAAAGAGGGGCUCGGUUGCGUCUCGUUGCCGCCGAGCGGCGCUCACCUGCCUAAGUCCGCAACAGUCUCGUACGGUUCGCUCGGGCCAGGAGCUUCGCCGACGACCGCAGACGGCCGAAACCUCUCUGUCUCCCCUACCAUUUGAAAGUUUUCCACCUCCGCAGGCUCUCUCGUCGGUUUUCCACCCUCCUUUCCCCGCCUACUCGUCAUUUCCGCCUUUCCGUUGGUUCUCUCGCUUGUCGCACCUGCAAUUUCGUAGAAAUUUACGAGACCGUUUUCCGAUCGAUCCGUCGAUCCCGCUUGAGCGGGGAAUUGAGAAAUCUUCAGCGUUUUCAGGGAGGGAUGGUCUCCUCCCCGAAGAUCGUGUCUCUCGCGACGGUGAAGUCGAGGAUGCACCCGUCGCCGGCGUCGGUGGCGGUGGUCUCGCGGCGGCGGCGGUGGUGGUGGUGACGGUUGUGUGGUGGUGGUGGUGCUGGUGCCGGUGAAGAAGAGGAAGAAGAAGAGGAAGAAGAAAACGGCGUACAUUGGUGGGGGCUCUUCUCUACUCCCCAGAACUCCGGCUGGUGGGGGUAAGGCAACACUCAAAGAUCGUGGUGACGUAGUUCUGGCAGGAACGCGACGCGUUUUUGUCCACGUAGCGAGAAAAGAGAACUUUUCUACGUCUCGUUUGCGCCACACAUAGUUGAUACUUUUGGGAGAGAAAAAGAGCAACGGCAACAAGGAGUAGGAGAAAGAGAGAGAAAGCGAGAGAGAGAGAGAAGAGAAGAGAAAGGGACGAAGACGUCGGACAGUUCGACAGGUGGAAAGAGAGAGAAAGAGAGAGGGUGACUAGGGAGGGGGGAGAGAAGAAGGGGAGCGAAUAAUCCAAAGGACCGGAAGUCAGUGCUCCUUUUUCCGGAUCUUCCGCGAAUCGCGAGCUCCUUUUUCGCAAUCUCCGUGUCUCUUUCAACGAAGGGCAUUCUUCAAUCACCCUCAAAGCACCCUCAGCGCGAUACGCGAUCAUGAAGAUCACGCGUGCACCGCGAACGUCGUGGCUGCGUAAUCCCGAGGAGAUACCUUCGCUUCGCAAGACGCGUCGUGAAACGCAACGCCAAGAAUAGUUCUUCGGACGGACGCAACGGUCAAGAAGGACGAGGAACCUUGCGCACGCGGCGAGUAGAUGGUCGCAACCGACCGCGAUCGUUCGUCAACGUCUUGGUAACAACGUGAGCAAAAUCUAGUCUAUCGCGAAACUGCGAACACAAUCGUCCUCGAUCGGCGAGAAGAGUCUCAAGUGGAUCCGCGGCGUUCUACGCGUGACGAUCUACGUCGCGCGAUGUCGGGCUUCACCGCACGGGCCGAUAAGGGAGUCGCGCGGUAGAGGGGAAACAGUUUGCGUGCUAAUAUUCGAUCACGAGGUGCAUACGAAUACCGGGGGACGCGUACUCGGUGUACUCGCACUUUCUUCGUCGACUCGACUUCGCAGCCGGCGAUCUCCCGAGCGCAUCGCUGUCGCGAUUUCGCAUUUCCCGUCAGUGCGCAGAGUCGGGACAAAGGAAACGCAAUCGGUGAUCUUCGAGUGUGCUACCAGGUGCGGAGGGGAUGGAGAUGCGCACCGUUCUCGUGGCGAUCUGCCUCCUUCUCGUCACCCCCAUCACCGGCUCUUUCUGGACGGUAGGAAGCCAGCUGGUGAUGGAUCCGAUGCUCGUUUGUAAGAAAACAAGGAGGCUGAAGGGAAAGCUCGCUGAUAUUUGUCGCAAGGAACCAUCACUGCUGAAAGAAAUCGCGAAAGGUGUGCAAGUAGGCACCAGGGAAUGCCAGUAUCAGUUUCGGAAUCGAAGAUGGAACUGUACGACCGUCAGGCGAUCUCUCAAGAAGAUCCUGUUGCGCGAUACGCGGGAGACGGGUUUCGUGAACGCCAUCACCGCCGCCGGAGUUACUUAUGCGGUUACCAGAGCCUGCACUAUGGGUGACCUCGUGGAAUGCUCCUGCGAUAAGAUGACGAAGGGUAACCGUUUGGCUAAAUUUGCGCGUACAGCCGAAGCUAAGAAAAGUUUGCCAACAGAAGGAGACUGGGAAUGGGGAGGAUGCGGCGAUAACGUAAACUUCGGCUUCAAAAAAUCUCGAGAAUUUAUGGAUGCCCCAUAUCGUAAACGGAGCGACAUUAAGACGUUGGUGAAGCUUCACAACAACGACGCUGGUCGUCUGGCCGUACGCAACUUUAUGAGAACCGAGUGCAAGUGCCACGGACUUUCCGGAUCUUGCACGGUGCGCACUUGUUGGCGCAAGAUGCCGCCGUUUCGGGAAGUCGGCAACCGUCUGAAAGAGUCUUUCGAUGGCGCGGCCAAAGUUAUUCCCAGCAAUGACGGUCACAGCUUCAUCACCGAGGGCCCGACUAUCAAGCCGCCCGGUAGAUUCGACUUGAUCUACAGCGAGGACUCGCCGGACUUUUGCAAGCUGAACCGGAAGACCGGCUCGCUAGGUACGACGGGUCGUCUAUGCAACGCGACUAGUCCCGGGGUCGAGGGCUGUGAGCUCCUCUGCUGCGGCAGGGGUUACGACACCAGGAUCGUAAAGGAGAAAGUUAAUUGCCAGUGCAGGUUUCGGUGGUGCUGCGAGGUCACGUGCAACACAUGCCUCGUGAAGAAGACCGUCAACACUUGCCGUUAGUGUCGAUGUAAGUCGAGAACUUUUCGUAUAUAUGACAGCGUCGAGGAUCUGGUUGAUGUGAUAGCUGCUUCUGCCUGUGUUAGAUGGUUAGAAGAGACGGAGGAGAUAAUGCCGAGGAUUUAUUUUCUUUUCGUAAGUCUCAUUGUGGAUAGGUGCCAUAACGAUAGAUCAAAAGAUAAUAAUCGAAGUCGCAAAGUUCGGCAGAGAAUCGCAGUAUUAGUUGUAGAAAAAAAAUGCAUCUCUCUCUCUCUCUGUGUUUAACAACGAAAAGAGAUAUUCAGCAAUCGAGUUCGGAGAUAGUUUAAUAUUGAUACUUGACGUGAUAAAAACUUUUCGACUUCUGUCGUCGUCAUCCAACUGUUGAUCCAACUGUUCGGUUGCGAGCGUGAUACAUAAUGUGCUAUAUAAUCGCGUUUGUAAUAUAUCGAUUUCUAGGAUACGGCUUGAUCGUGAACGUUCAACGAUGAACGUUCGGAUGAUAUGUGAUUUACGAUUUAUCGCGAUCGCACAGAUCUGGGUUGAAUCUCGCUUACUUAGAGACGUGCGGUAGAUUUUCUCGAGAGAUUUAUCGACGCGCAAACGCGAGGAGCGGGAUCGAGGACGUCAGUAGUGCAUGCGCGAGCCGAGUCAGACGCGAGCCGCAACGAGAUUCCUCGCGUUUGCGAGACAGUUCGUAUCUUUGACUAUAUAUCUAUGAAUUGCUGAUGGUUAAUAGUGCAGAUUUAUAUCUAAACUCAAUGUUUUGGCGAUAAAAAAUAUAACAUAUAUGCAUGUUAUGCCGCUUUAAAGCAAUUUCAUUGGAACAUAUGCUUAAAUCUCGCGAAAAAGAUUUAUUGAAUGUAGAAUUUCAUAUGAAUUUCAUAGAUAAAAUAUCACUGGCUAUAUAGAUUGUGGUCAAAGAUUUUUAUCGUUAAGUGCUGAGGCAGGUUCUAAGUUUUCGUCGCUCUCUAGGCCUUUGUUAGACUGCCACCUUCUUCAAACAAGAUAAAAAUAGUAGUUUCUGGCAAUGUUGUCCACAAACAAUUUUUCAAAUCUUAGCGAUAAAAAAUAUUUUCAAGUUUUAACGAUAAAUCUUGCUAAUAAAAAAAAUACUUUGGAAUUCUAUGAAACCAUAAAAUUUUAAAUUUUUUUAACGAAAAUGAACUAUUCUAACGGGGUCUAGUGAAUUUCCUGUUAUGUAGAAUAGAUCCUACAUAUAAUAGUUGUUAUCAGCAUCGCCUACGCCGCGCGAGGCGAUUAUUUUCUACUCGGGCUUUCCACGUAUCUCCAGUGCUCGUAACACAUAUUAAGAUAUACGUAAAUAGUAUAUAAUGAAUUUAUGUAAAGUAUGUUCGUCGAAUAACGUUCGCAUCAUAACGCGCCGGCGUUUGCAUAGUAAUAUCCGGUGAAUCGCUUUUCCGCUUGAAUCGCUGCGAGGUCGAACUCCGAGCGAACUCCCAAGUGACGAAUUCGAAUUAAUAGCGCGUUAGAAAUAUAUCAAUGGCGAAUCGGAUUUUCGUGUAAAUUCUUUCGUUCGGAGAAAACUUGGGAAUUCGCUUUCGUUUUACAUACAUCGUGUAUUAUCAAAUUCUGCUGCUUUUUCCUCGCGUGACAUAAGCUUUGUGCCAUAAGUUGCAGUUCGAUCGAUCAACACUUGCCAUAUCAAUCAACGAGUACGCAAGGGUUUCUUUAUUCCUCGAUUGCUCCUUAUUAGUUUUCGAAUUUUACCGCAUUACAGGGCUUUCUCUUCUGUGUAUAUAAGACUGAGCUAUUAAAGUUUAUACUUUUGCGCAAUAUGUGAGAGUUAGGUGUCGAUAAAAUUAUAUUUAGAGGCGAAUCUCGUUUGCUACUGUUAAGAUUUACUGAUUUAAUAGCAGCGACAAUCUAUCUUUUAGCCUAAAUAUAUAAGAGGAAAAAAUAUAUGAACAAUUGUAU